GUCAUUCCCGGUCGGGUAACGCGGCGGCAACAACAGAAUCAGAAGCAGGCGGCAGCAAGGGCAGGCUGUGCCUGUGAAAUGAGACCAUGACAACUGAUGAGGCUACAAAGAAGGAAGGAGAGGUCCACCCAGCAACUCUUGCUGAACAUGGUGAAGAUAUCACACCAAACAAAGACCGAGGAGUUCUGAAGAUUGUGAAGAGGACAGGGAAUAAAGAUGAAUCUCCUAUGAUUGGAGACAAGGUUUAUGUCCACUACAAAGGAAAGCUGGCCAAUGGGAAAAAGUUUGAUUCCAGCCGUGACAGGAAUGAACCGUUUAUCUUCAGCCUGGGCAAAGGCCAGGUCAUCAAAGCAUGGGAUAUUGGAGUUGCCACCAUGAAAAGAGGGGAGAUCUGUCACUUGCUAUGUAAACCAGAAUAUGCAUAUGGUUCUGCUGGCAGUGUCCCAAAGAUCCCCUCAAAUGCAACACUUUUUUUUGAGAUUGAACUGCUUGAUUUCAAAGGGGAGGAUUUAUUUGAGAAUGGAGGCAUCAUCCGCAGAAUCAAACAGAAAGGUGAAGGAUACUCCAAUCCCAAUGAAGGAGCAGCUGUACAAAUCCAUCUGAAAGGAUUUUGUGAUGGCAGAAUGUUUGAUUGCAGAGAUGUAGCAUUCACUGUUGGAGAAGGAGAAGACCAUGAUAUUCCCAUUGGAAUUGACAAAGCUUUGGAGAAGAUGCAAAGGGGAGAGCAUUGUAUCCUACAUAUUGGAGCACAAUAUGGGUUUGGUAAAGCAGGGAAACUUACAUUUGGCAUAGGGCCAAACGCUGAACUUGUAUAUGAAGUUACACUGAAAAGUUUUGAAAAGGCCAAAGAGUCCUGGGAGAUGGACACCAAAGAGAAACUCGAACAGGCAGCCAUUGUCAAAGAGAAAGGGACUAUAUACUUCAAGGAAGGGAAAUACCUGCAGGCAGUGAUUCAGUAUGGGAAAAUCGUAUCCUGGUUAGAAAUGGAAUAUGGCUUAUCAGAAAGAGAAUCUAAAGCUUCAGAUUCCUUGUUGCUGGCAGCUUUCCUCAACCUCGCCAUGUGCUACUUGAAAUUGCUGGAGUAUGUUAAAGUUAUUGAGUAUUGCAAUAAGGCAUUAGCGCUGGACCAGGACAAUGAAAAGGGCUUGUACAGAAGAGGUGAAGCACGGCUACUCAUGAAUGAAUUUGAACUGGCAAAAUGUGACUUUCAGAGAGUGCUAGAAGUUAAUCCACAAAACAAGGCAGCGAAGUCACAAAUCACUGUGUGUCAGAAGAAAACAAAGGAGCACAACGAGCGUGACCGAAAGAUAUAUGCCAACAUGUUCAAGAAAUUUGCAGAGAGAGAUGCAAAGGAGGAGGCCAGUAAAACCACAGGAGAGAAGGAAGAAAAGUCAUCUUCUGAAAUUGGUCUUAAGAAGACUGAAGGCAAAGAAUUAGAGGGCCAUGUAUGACUGUGCAGCAGAAAGACAAUCCUUCCGAAUUCAGCCUGCUCUCAAACAGGUUUCUGAAGGACUCAGAAUUCAACAAUGUUUAUUGUAAAGCUUGUUACACUAGGCAUUAUUGUGGAAGCAAAAAGCCUAUCCAGCAGCUUCACAAGAAACUAUAAAAUAAUUGCCACUGCUAUGAGCCUGCUCAGCAGUGGAACAUGAACAGAGGGGCAGUAAGGGACCACUCCAAGUGGAUCAAAUGGUUUAAACACACAAACACACACACACACACACACAAUGGUUCUUGACUACAGAAGAUUUUUACUCAGAUGGUUCAAAUAGAACUCAUUUCAGUUUGCAUCCACUGUAAGGGCAGUGACCAGGGUUCUAUAAAAUGAAUUAGCUUGUAGGAGCUGUCAGCUGUAUAAUUUUGGCAUUGCAUUUGGUUGUACUGUAGUAACACCACAUCGGUGUAUGUUGUCUGUCUUUAGAAAAAGAAAAGAAAAAAAAGACCCAAGUGCUACAAACUCAAGGCAUCGCUCUAGCACUACCAGAACCAAGUGGAAAGCAGUUCCAUGGACUUUAAAGCCAGACUCCUGGGGUCUUGUUCUAUUUGUCUUGUGUUUCUGAUGGGUUUCUGUAGCACAAACUGGUUUCUCAGGGAGCUGAGUCAUCCAAAUCACAUUAUUAUUCAUAUAUGAUUGCUUGCUGGGAAGGCCUCUCACCCACUGAUGAUUGAGCACAGCAGAAGUGUAUGCCAGCUUCUGUGCAUGAGCAUCUUUUCUCUCUCCCACCCCCAAUGACACAAAAGAUUAUUGCCACCAAAAAGCACUGAUUGCAGGAAAAGGGAAAGGGCACCAGGACUGAGUUGGAUACCUCUUCUCCUUCUCUCCUUUGUUUCAUUUUUUUUUUUUUUACUAAAUUGAGGCACAUGUAGGCAGUGACGGACUUGGACUAUGCAAUUAGUCCUUUCAAGUGCUUUAUGGAUAUCUUUCCUGGAAAUUACUGCAAUUAGUCCUAUAAGCAAUGCAAUUAUGUGUUUUCCCACCAAAAUCAAAACACUUUAAGAAACUAUGGCCUUAGCUAGACCUACCUUUUAUCCCACAACAGAGGAGGAAGAUCUCGCAUUGUGUUUAAUGUGAGAUCCCGCCUCAGUUUACGUGUGACGACCUCACAAGGAGAACCGUCGCGUCCACCAUUUUUUUAAAAAGAGGAAGGAGCGCACAAACGCUCAUGCACUAAAGGUAAGGUUUUUUUUAAAAAAAUAAUUUAAAUUCCCGCUCCUCCCACCCUACCCCCGAUGGGUGCAGCGCUCCUGCCGGGUCAACCCGCAGCAACGGGCCACAUGUUCCGCGGUCUCGGGCUCAGCGCAAGACCGUUGAAAAACCAGGGCCAAAGUGGAAGGCAAGAUCCUGGGGCAAGAGAGGGAUGAUCCCUUCCUGAUCCCAGGAUCCCCUGUACGUCAUGUGGACACACAGGGACAAUCCCGGGGUUCGUCCUGGGAUAAAGACCCAUCUAGCUAAGGCCUAUGUUUGUAACUUAGUUUUAGGAUACCUAGCUCAUUCUAGGUUUCCCAGCUCAAAUUCUUGUUUGGGGCUUGCCCCCAACUCUCCAGAAGCUGUGCUGCCAUCUUGAUUUGUUUUUGCUUUAUAAAGCAAAAACGGUCCAUUCUGAAUCUUGCAAAUGUUUUGUAAAGAUGCUUUCAGGUCAAAGAAGUGGGCUCUCACUGUAGUUGUGUCAUGCCAAUCUGCAUUAUAUCUCAAAACCCAUAACAUCAUUAAAAUACAUUGUAUACCAGGGAAAAGUAAUUCUACUUAUGUCUCAUUGUAAUUACAACAGAUGUGUCCCACUGAUUUUAGUGGAACUUAUGUGACUAAUUUUCUCUGGGUUUGGGUCAGUAUGUUUAUUGACCUGCGAUGGAACGCAAACACAUUGCUACAGCUAUAGUUCCAUUAGAAUCUAGGGCAUUUUGCUUUCCUUUAUGUCAGAUGAGCACUAAACAAGCUUUUUAAAAAAAACACCUCUAAUUUUCAAAGGCGAAUUAACAAAUACUUAACCUCUUUUCCUGUUGAUUUUCUUCUCUGGUAAUCUUUAUUUUUUUGGCUGUUUCUUCCAGCAAAGUUCUCCCCACCACCACUCCCCUCUCUCCCUCCCCACCCCUUUCCACUCCCCUGUUUGGUUGUGUUUGAUCACAACAAGCAGAGAAGAGCUAAAACCUUAUUGGUAAUGUAUUCAAACCAAAACUCAGGUACAAUAUUGCUCCAGUUGUCCUAAUGAUAUGGGGAUAUCCCAAAACAGUCAAAACCAACAGGUGUAGGCAGAUAUUCGGAUGAUGGGGGUUCUACAAUUAAAACUUGAGUUGUAGUUCCUUGCUGGUUAUUCUGUUCACUUUAAGGGAGACUAAAGUUCAAUUCUGUCAAGAAAUACUUUUGUAAGCCGCCGUGAGAGCCUUUUUUGGCUGAAUGGCAGCAUAAAAAUCCUUAAAUAAAAAUAAAUAAAAAUAAAUAAAUUCUGGCCCUCAAAUUGUUGUACACCUGCCUACACGGAGAAACAGUUGAGCACUUUUCAUAUAUUAGAAUGCUGUUCAGGGAUCUGUGUAAAGUGAUAAAAUUAUGCUACACAAGCACUGAACAGCAAUUUGAUCAUGUGGCAGAAUGCUCAUUUUGCUACAUAGCCAACUGUAUUGCACUUUUAUACAAAAUCAUAGCUUAAAUAUUACUUUCAUAAGCCAAAUUGUCACAACAGGGAGCAAGACAUUCAGAUUCCUUUUACAAGUCAUCAUUUUCAUUUUUGCUCUCUGAAUUAUUAACAGCAUGUGCUGUUAAUCUUAAACUCACCCAUAAUAAAAUAUAGAGAAGGUAACAUCUGUCCUUGAUUUAUAUCUUUCACAGAUCACAAAAGAAGGAUGACGUACCUCAUAUUGCAAUAUUACAACCCUGACAGCAAUUGAAAAUAGAAUUCGGUAUAAGCACUAACAUUUCCUAUUUCAUGUGUAUUUUUAUUCAGCCUUCUGAUUUGUUUGAAGGAAUGUGAACAUUCUCAUCCUGUACCUUGUAAAUGGAUGUGAGUUUAUGUCUGUCUUGCUUAGACAGAGGAUUUUCAGAAGACUCUCAGUAGUUUUUUCCCUGAUGAUUAUUGUAAUGCUAGCUAGGGUUUCACUAUGUCCAUACACCAGUUUUUAGCUGCAGAAAAGACUUUCCCUUGUGGGGAAGGAGCAGUGUAUGCUAUUCUGUUGCUGUCCUUCAGAGGUCAUGUAGUAUCUAAAACAUAUUCCAAGUCUUAUAGGAAACUAGUUCCAUGCAUUUUUAAAUUGCUUUCUACUCAUCUAAAACUUGUGUCUGGGACAAAGCCAUUUAGCCUGUCCAUCUGUGCCAGUAUUCUCUCAAUUUAAUAUGACAUCGUGUGUCUAUGUCAUGCGAUGAGCAUUCCAUAGUUUCAUCAAGCGAUCCUUGUCCUGGCUCAACUAAUCCUUCCCCUUCUGCCCUUAUCUUUGCUCAGUUACUUUCAUUUCCCAUCAAAUUGCCAACUAAUCAUAGAACAUCCAUAGAACCUGUCUGACACUUUAGUGUCAUGUGGUUGCUGUGAUUUUUGAAAUUUACCUCUACAGGUGGCUGUUCCAGCAACUUCCUGUUUUGAAAUCCUGUAGUUCUUAGUCUAGUUUUGGUUUUAUGUCUGUUGGAAUAUCAAGAUAACUGCAUCUACCUCAGUAAUAACUGGCUCUCAUUUUAUUAUUGAAUACAGCCAUUUGAUGUCCAAUUCCAUACAAUAAACCAGAGGGGGGGGAUGGCUUUUGGCACGCACCCUUAUGCGCCACAUUCCUGCUGCACUGCCAAAUUCAGCAGUGUAAAGGAAAAAAAUAAAAACCCAGUGGUUUGGUGCUGAAUUUCAGUGGCAAACAGCUACAGAAGGCUAAAACAGACAAAUGUAGCUUGUUUUCAAGCUACAUUUACCACCACUGCAAAUUUCAAUGGCAUGGCAGCAGUUUUGGCACAUCUUGCCCCCAGGCCACGUAUUACCCAGCCCUGCUGUAAACUAAAUGGUACCCGGAUUAGGCUUUGCUAAGAAUACUCUUGUAAGAUUAGAAUGAAACAUCAUAGCUCAACCUCUUGAGUCCUCCUUGCAAUGUUACUCAAACAGUGAAGUAGUAGAAGAGAGGAGCAGAAUCAGUAGCAGACCACUUGCUGAACUGUCUUCUCAAUGUGCCAAAAUUUGCUGACCCAACACUUCCUUGUCUACUUUCCUACUGUCCAUGGUGUUAGAAAUACAGAUCUAUGGGGCCUUCUCCAGAAGGAGAUUAGCACACAUCACUACCCCAUCAACCUAUUGAUUAGCAUCUUAUUUGAUGUGCUUAGGUUAUGGGAUAGGAGAGAGAUUAGUGUCGCCUUAUUCCCCAUUUUGUAAUAUAUUAUUACCCAUUUUAUUGUGUGCUGUAUUCCCUAAUUAGUGCUGCUUUAUUUCCCAUUUUGCUGCCUACUGAUUGAGAUGGCCUUUUUACUUUUCCUAAGUCAGCAUAGAAAUAUAUAUUCAGAAGAACAUAUUCAUGCUAUCUGUAUUGUAACAAUAGAUUGAAAAUCCAGCCAUAGUCCCUUAUCAAGACAAUUUCAAAAUUUCACACUUGCCACAAACAACAUCCUGUCCUGCUGAGAGUGCAGUGUCCAUUUGAUACAUCUGAUGUCCAGAGAAUGCUAACUACUCAGAUUCCUGUGAUGCCUCCUUUAAAAAAUUUUUGGUCAGGAGUUAUCUGUCCUGGAACCAUUGAAACCUAGGGGUUUUGUAAAAAUUUUCUUCACGUGUCUCCUCAAAGCCUUAAUGCAACAACAGAAUUAGUAACUAAUUUAGCCUGACUCACUAUCCCCACUUCCCACUUUGUUUUGGUGUUGUGAUGCCCAUGUCCAGGGAUCCACAAAUUUUGUCUGGCAUUGCUAGUUAGCCAAAAUGUGUGAUCACCACAAAUCCUGCCUGUUGACCAGCUUGGGAAAAGGGCAGAGGCUUGUGCCUGCCGUUGUGAUGGGCUUUCAGAGGCACUCAGAAGGGCCUCUGAAUCCCAGCACAACCUCAGAGAUAAGCACUGUAAAUCUCUCAUUUGUAAGUGCCACGAAGCUAGGUUAAAAGAUAUAUACUUGCCACUGACAAGUGCACUUGUAGACCCCUGACCAUAUCAUUCACUUUCUGGUGGCCUAAAAACUAAGGGUGCUUCCAGGUGAGGCUUGUAUGGUACAAUUGUCUCAUGCAUGGAAUUUUACAGGGAUCCCAACAUUGUCUUCAGUUUGUAGCCUUCCUGUGUUUCCCAUUGCUUUUUCCAUCUUUUUUAAGGAGGACAAGACAGAACAGCUACACAAUGCUUUUGAUUAUUAGCACUAAGAGCCCUCUGUCUGGAAGUACCCUAAAAUGCAAGAUUGUAGUUCACAGUAUGAUCUCUCAGACAGCCAAGUUUUGCAUUCCGUAAGGGAUCUGUUUCUUGGCUAGAAUAGCCCAACAAUGCCUGCUAGGGUUGUUAAGAACCCAGUACCUGAAAGAGCAGAAAGGCUGCCCUCUCAACUGAUUAAAGGAGUCUUGCAGAUUAAUUGCUUGAAAGUUUUUCUCCAUAGAAACAUUAAAUAAGACAGCUGCCUAGAAAUGGCAGCCACUCCUCUUACUCUUUGUUAGUAAUUGGAAUGUGUAGCACAGUAGUAGGCUAUUAUGAGAGAUCCCAUGACACAAGGACAGUUGCAAGGGGACAAGCUAUUGCUUUCUGUCUACUUUCUAGUCCGCAGCAUAUCCUGAAUUCUUUGGAAUGGUGAGAGCCAGGUCAAAGUUUAGAGGGCUUUAAAAGGGGAUUAGAUGGAUUCCUGGAAGACAAGUCUAUAAAUGGCUAGUUAGGGUAACUAAAUGGACUUUUCCCACGUCCAUAGAUAAGGUACCUCUGAGUAACAGGCACUGGUGAAAACAACAGAGAAAAGAUAUCACCAUCAUGCCCUGCAUAUGAGUUACCCUCCUAGAAGCAUACCUGGUCACCUGUUCAGAAACAGAAUGCUGGAAUAAAUUAAUCUUCAUUUAAUCCCUCAAGACAAUGUUCAUAUUCUUAUGAACUGAAGGGUAUCCAAAGUUUAGCUUUGCAAUAUAUAUAGGACGAUGCACUCCUCAUUCCAAGACUCUGUAUCUUCCGUAAUGUGCACAUGGAGCUUCUCUUGUCCAUGCGUGGAGUCUGCUCUGUUGAGAAUUGAGAAGCCCAUUCCUAGGAGCAUUACAUAUGCUUAUUGGAGCACUUUCACCAGCAAGUAAUUGCUAGACUGAGGCAUUAGUGCUCAGACAGAAACAGCACUCUGAAAGAUAAGAGAAUACAGGUAGUAAGUACAUCAAUGCUUUGAUAAUUACUGAAGGAUUCAGAGUGUAUAAGUGUAAGGCCACUGCACACAUUUUUCUAAUACAAGUUUAAAUACAAAUGUUGGAGCAAGUGUAUAAAGCUGUCGUUAAAAUCGGGGCAGGUGCAUAUCCUUUUCUGUGCUUACCUUGGAACUGAUGUUUUAAUGGCAGAAGAAGCCACAGAGACAGCAGCAGGAGCUGAAUGACUACUGGGUGUGGGGAUAGAGAGGUGGAGAGGAGGGGAGACCUCGCGUUAUGAAUAACACGAGAGCUCGCCCUUGUUCACAUGCGAGGCGCGAUGAGCUCAAGAAGAGAGCCGUUGUGCCCACCAUUUUUUUUUAUUAAAGAGGCAGGAGCGGUCCAUCAAUCCUGCGCAAACGUAAGUGGGUUUUUUUUAUUUUACCAACUUUCCCCGUUCCCCCCACCCUAGCCCCAAUGGGCGCAGUACUCCUGGCUCCGUGCAAGUAAUUGCGUGAAGCUGGGAAAAGCCACGGAAACAGGCCACAUGCUCGCGGUCUCAGGCCCAGCCUGAGACUGCGAGAAAAAGCAGGCCCAAAGUGUAGGGAUCCACUGUGCGUCAUCUAGACGCACAGGGGCGAUCCCGGGUAUCAGCCCGGGAUAACCCCUGGUCUAGCAAAGGCCUCAAUCACUCAUGCACAACCUCUAAAAUUUAGCUCUCUCAUUGUGCAAAGAGCUGUGAUAGUGAACUUGCAAGUCUUGUACACUCUUUCUACUUAGAUGUACAGGACUGUGAGCUCUUCACAUUAAAGAUAGAGAACUGUAUAACCAGCCCACAUAGCCCUCUGUGCUAAGCAUAGCACAGCACUAUUGCAGUUAGUGCAUAGCACUAUUGCAGGGAGAGUCCACCUCUCAAUACAUGCCCAGGGACAAUUGUUACUUGUCCCAUGUCAACAGGCAAAUAGCAAAUUGCAAGGCUGGUAUUUAAAAUAUGUGUGAGUGGAUGUGUGAAUGCUUUUUAUUGCUCCCAGUAUAUGUAGUGGGAAGCCAGGAUCUCUGUACUUGUGGUAGUGUCCUGGUGUGUUGUUUUUGUACUACUAAUCAUUUACCUCACUUUAAAUUUGCUAAGGCCACGCAGUGACUCGGUGGACAUCUCUGCAUCCCUAAUCCAGCUUCUCUUCAUUAGGCCACACUAGUUCUCAACUACAGAAUGAAACAGAAAUGUGGCCCUUAAUGUCCCACCUUUUCAUGCACUAUUUGUAGCCUCAAUAUUUGUCUCCUUGUCAGGAAAAAACAAUGUGAAGUGGCCUUGAAAAGGAGAAGGGUCUGGGGCCUUAGCUAGACCUAAGGUUUAUCUGGGGGUCAUCCCUGCCUGCUCCCGGGAUAUCCUGUGUGUCAUUUACAUGAACAGGGAUGACCCCGGGACGAUCCCGGGAUAAAUCUUAGGUCUAGCUAAGGCCUGAGACUUUCUAUGAUCAUUUACAGAGAAAAAGCAGAACAGGCCAUCUACCUCAGGGCCAGACAGCCUGCACCAUGCUUCUUUGGCAGGGUGGGGUGGAGGCCAUGAUGCCUUGUUCCAGUGACCCAAGGGCAGUGCUACCACGGAACUUCUUAGGAGCUGCUUUUAGCCUGAUAGGCUCUGGUGUAUUGCUACUCAGGCAGACAUCUGAAUCCUCUCUCUUCCAUGCUGCUAGAGGUGAUAUUCUUUUCCUCCUUUCAGUAAUAGAAUGAAAGAAACACAGCUGGAGCCUUAAACUGUGGAAAGGUGCAUUUGUCGUGCAUCUGGAGAGCCAAGGCACUUAACAUUUUUAGUGCAGGAAGGCAGUGCAGAAGUAAUACCCUCAUCACAUUCAGUACAAACUUAAUUUUUCUUCUUCUGGGGCAGACUCUAAAAAACCUUUCUACAAGUCUGCAGUGUUGUUUGAUUUGAAGCAAGGAGAAGCCUUGUGGCAGUGAUACUGCACAUGUGCGUUCACAGACACACACCAUUCCAGAGAACAAUUUUGCAUCUAUCUUUAAAUGUUUGUAUUUUAAAAAAGGUGAGAAGGAAUGAUAAAAUGUAUAAAUGCCACUUUUUUUAAAAAAGGGGGGGCAGUCUGUCUGAAACUUAAGACUCGGGCAAGACUAAAGGAUUGAGCCAGGACCUCAUGUAUGUCUCUUACAUAAAUUACAAAACUGGGCUCACGCUGCUGACCUGUUACAACUGCUCUUUGAAUACUGUAUCUGCCUUCACUCUGUGAGGCUCUUUUCCAUAUACAUACUUGAAGGGAUCUUUGGAAUCUGGUAAUUUUGCAUGUCUGGCUGUAAUUACGUCACAGAAUAGCUGGAAAUUGGAAGUCAUUCAUGCAGUAAAAAAAAUAAAAUCCAUCUGGUUCCCACUU